AUGCCCCGUAUCAAGAGAUUGUGUAGGUCGCACGUCGCCAAUACGUUGCAGCUCCUCGGUCGAGAAGACCUUGCUGGUUGGAUUGUGCUGGGAUUAAUGGCCCCCGUCCUACCUCAGCGAAGUCAAACAUGUAGUCGGAUGAAGAGGCGAUUUCGAUGCCGCCCUUCUGAGGAGAGUGUAGGGGAACAUAUCGGAUCACACCACACUCCCGGCCAUCGGAACGUCAUCCAGGUAUCUAAGUGGACGCCACAAUUGGUCGCUGUAAUUUCUCACGGGUAUUGCCAAAGGGAUAUGGCACAGAUGGUCGAAAUAUGCGCUAAAGAGGAUGAGCCUGUCUCCAGGAUCGAGAAAGGCCACCCAGACACUGAGCAUGCCCAUGCUAGAUCGGCAUUAUACGCUUGA